AUGGCCACUGACAAGAUCACGUUCUUGACCAACUGGCACGCGACGCCCUACCACGCCCCUCUGUACCUGGCGCAAAGCAAAGGGUACUUUGCCGACGAAGGCAUCAAGGUUGCCCUUCUCGAGCCCAACGACCCCAGCGAUGUCACCGAGAUCAUCGGAUCUGGCAGCGUUAAUAUGGGCUUCAAGGCCAUGAUCCACACCCUUGCUGCCAAAGCCCGCAACUUCCCCGUCACCUCGGUCGGCAGCCUCCUCGACGAGCCCUUCACCGGCGUCGUCUACCUCAAGGAGUCCGGCAUCACCGCCGACUUCCGCUCGCUCAAGGGCAAGCGCAUCGGCUACGUCGGCGAGUUCGGCAAGAUCCAGAUCGACGAGCUGACCUCGCACUACGGCCUGACCCCGGCCGACUACACCGCCGUCCGCUGCGGCAUGAACGUCUCCAAGGCCAUCAAGACGGGCGCCGUCGACGCCGGCAUCGGCCUCGAGAACGUGCAGAUGGUCGAGCUCGAGGCCUGGCUCGCCGAGCAAGGCCGCCCGACCUCGGACGUCCAGAUGCUGCGCAUCGACGAGCUCGCCGAGCUCGGCUGCUGCUGCUUCUGCUCCAUCCUGUACAUUGCCAACGACGACUUCCUCGCGGCGCACCCGGACAAGGUGCGCGCGUUCCUGCGCGCGGUCAAGCGCGCCACCGACUUUGUCCUCGCGGAGCCGGAGAAGGCGUGGGCCGAGUACGUCGACUUCAAGCCCGUCAUGGGCACGGAUCUCAACCGCAAGAUCUACGAGCGCAGCUUCGCGUACUUCUCGCGCGACCUGCAGAACGUGCGCCGCGACUGGGACAAGGUGACGCGGUACGGCCAGCGCCUGGGCGUCCUGGGAGCGGACUUUGCGCCCAACUACACCAACGAGCACCUCGACUGGGUCCUGGACGAGGCCUCGGAGGACCCCCAGGGCGAUCAGAAGCGCAUGGUGGAACUGCAGUGCGAUGUCGCCUGCAACGGUGGUUUCCGCCGUCUUGCCCGCGCUGCCGCUGCGUAA